AUGGUCUUCCCAACUGCUAACCCCACCAAAUGCUAUUGGAUCGAGAAUGCCGAAUCGCCUCUGCGUAAUUUUCGCUCCAGCGACGAGUUACCAGCGGAGACUGAUGUAGCAAUUAUCGGCAGUGGCUACGCCGGCGCGUCAACCGCUUAUUGGAUUCACAAAUAUACAGAGAAGGCUUCGAAGCAGCCUCAGGUAACUCUCCUAGAAGCGCGAGAUAUUUGUGGGGGAGCCACUGGACGCAAUGGAGGACAAUUGAGACCGCACGCUUAUUCUCGCUAUCCGGCAUGGUCCAAACGCUUUGGACCCGAUGGAGCGAUGGGACUCAUCGCACAUGAGAUGGCCCAUUUAUCAGCAUUUAGGGACCUAGCUGAUGCAGAGGGUAUUGCUGAAGAAGUCUGUCUCAAAUUCGGGGAGACUUUUGACGCUGCCAUGACUGAUGAGGCCUGGACACGGCUCAAAGGCGCAUUCCAAGCCAUGCAAAAGGAUCAUGGCGAUGAAAACGAUAUUGUCAAGGCAUGCAGACUAAUCGAAGACGCCCGCGAAGCGGAAGAGUUUUCACAGAUGAAGGGGGCUCUUGCGGCAGUGGUGCAUCCUACAGGGCAAAUAUGGGCAUAUAAAUUUGUGCAUGCGCUUUUGCGUAUUGUUCUCCAAAAAGGCAAUCUGAAUUUGCAAGCUAAUACGCCAGUCACUGGUGUUUCAGAGCGAGAUGCCGACGGCUGGGUCACGGUCAAGACUGAGCGAGGAACGAUACGUGCCAGGACAGUAGUCCAUACGACAAAUAGAUGGGCUGCUCAUCUGCUUCCGGAGUUUAACAAGCUCAUACUACCUAUGAGGGGGACUGUCGCUGCGAUCAAGGCGCCCCCGGGAUUCAUCAAGCACACUGGUGCCCAGCACUGGGACAACACCGUUAAUAAUUAUCAUCUCCAACUCCCUCCCCCCUACAACACUAUCAUGAUUGGAGGAGCAAGACAAUUACUCGUCCAUAGGCCAAAAGAAUGUAUGUUGAACGAUGAAGAUGACCAAGAGAUUGCCGGAGUAGCAGAAUUCUUCAAGUCGUGGCCCGCCUCGGAUGUGACGGAUUGGCCGGGAUUGAGUCUUGCAGAGCUCAGCAAUAAAGUUGACCGAAGCGGAUGUUGGACUGGGAUUGAGACCUCCAGUGCAGACUCUUUUCCUUUCGUUGGUCCUGUGCCAGCCCGGAACGGCCACUACAUCGCUGCGGGAUUCGCUGGACACGGUAUGCCUCGGAUUCUGCUUUCAGCUGCUCACAUCACGCCUCUUGUCUUAGAGUCGCUUAAUGUAGAGUACAGCCAGCCGCUUCUUGCUGCGUCGUUUCCUCCCUUGCCUCAGCCUUUCCAAGUAACCGCGGAACGGGUUGAACGGCUUCAAAAUACGAACAUUGCUGCAAUUGCUGAAUCCUACAAGCAAAGCUGCGAAGAGAGUGCGAAAAAGCCAUUUUGUAAUACAGAAAGGGCGAUAUUAAAGCUCUAA